AUGGCAAGUCAGUUCUGCCUCCCUCUUGCCCCACGCCUCUCGUCCCUGAAACCCUUGAAGUCGCACGUCAGAGACAUCCAAGUGGGCAUCUGCCUGGCGAUCCAGCGCAGUGACAAGCGAAUCCACCUUGCUGUAGUCACAGAGAUCAACAGAGAAAAAUCUUGGGUCACAGUAGAGUGGAUUGAGAAAGGAGUCAAGAAAGGCAAGAAGAUUGAUCUAGAGUCCAUAUUCCUGCUAAAUCCCGCUCUGGCCUCUGCAGAACAUGCCUCGUUGUCCAAGCCCUUGUCCCCCUUGUCGCUAGCACCCUCUAAGGCCAUUGGAGAUCAGCGUACAUCCCCAAGGUGGAUUGUGGUUGCUCCCCAGAAAAAAGAAACACCUUCAGGGGACAGCCCGGUCCUUGGGGUCCCCAGCAGUCCGUGUCUGAUGAAGCGGAAAAAGUCUCCCUGCCUUCGGGAAAUCGAGAAACUGCAAAAGCAGCGGGAGAAGCGCAGGCGGCUGCAGUUGGAGAUCCGAGCGAGACGCGCCCUCAAUGUCAACACGGGAAACCCCAACUUCGAGAUCAUGCGCAUGAUCGAAGAGUGCCGCAGACACCUGGACAGAAGCAAGAUGUCCAUCCUGGAGCCCCUGGAAGACCAUCGGAUUUGCGUCUGCGUGAGGAAGCGGCCUCUUAACCAGCGAGAGACCACGAUGAAGGACCUGGAUAUCAUCACCAUCCCCUCAGACAAUGUAGUCAUGGUGCACGAGUCCAAGCAGAAGGUGGACCUCACCCGCUACCUGGAGAACCAGACCUUCUGUUUUGACCAUGCUUUUGAUGACACAGCCUCCAAUGAGUUAGUGUAUCAGUUCACUGCCCAGCCACUGGUGGAGUCUAUCUUCCGCAAAGGCAUGGCCACCUGCUUUGCCUAUGGACAGACGGGCAGUGGGAAAACGCACACCAUGGGAGGAGCCUUUUCUGGAAGGGCUCAAGAUUGUUCUAAAGGUAUUUACGCCUUGGUAGCGCAAGAUGUCUUUCUCUUGCUCAAAAACUCCACUUAUGAAAAGCUGGAUCUCAAAGUCUAUGGGACCUUUUUUGAGAUUUAUGGAGGCAAAGUUUAUGACUUGUUGAACUGGAAGAAGAAGCUACAAGUCCUUGAGGAUGGCCAUCAGCAAAUGCAAGUCGUUGGGCUGCAGGAGCAAGAGGUGUGUUCCGUGGAGGAUGUGCUGAAUCUCGUGGAACUGGGAAACAGCUGUCGGACUUCCGGACAGACAUCUGUCAAUGCCCACUCAUCCAGGAGCCAUGCGGUGUUCCAGAUCAUCCUGAAGUCAAAAGGGAAACUGCAUGGCAAGUUUUCUCUGGUUGAUUUAGCUGGGAAUGAAAGGGGAGCAGAUACUGCCAAGGCCAACCGGAAGAGGCAGCUGGAAGGGGCGGAGAUUAACAAGAGCCUCCUUGCCCUUAAAGAAUGCAUCAGGGCUUUGGGUCAGAACAAACCUCACACCCCUUUCAGAGCCAGCAAACUCACGCAGGUGCUCCGGGACUCCUUCAUAGGCCACAACUCCUCCACUUGCAUGAUCGCUACCAUCUCACCAGGGAUGACCUCUUGUGAAAACACCCUCAACACUUUAAGAUACGCCAACAGAGUGAAAGAAUUAGCUCUGGAUGUAAGGCCUUACCAUCACUGCCUGUCUCCCAUUAGGCAUGAGACACCGCAGAUGUAUGAAAAGCACAUUAGGAAUUCAGAAAUAUCCCUUCAGAGGGAUGAACUGGUUAAAAUAUCUUGUAUACGGAGUGAGGAGGAGAAACAGAGUGAAGAAAUUUCAACACUGUCCACACCCUUAAUAAGGGAUGCGCUAACUUCAUGGAAGGAUUCUAGUCACUGGUGGGAGAACAUCCAAGAGACAGCUGAUGGAGUGAACUACGAUGUUGAUUUUUGCAUUGCCCAGUCAUUGUCUAUUUUGGAGCAGAAAAUUGGUAUUCUGACCGAAAUCCAAAAGAAACUGAAAUUAUUAAGAGUUGACCUCCAAAAGAAGAGCAAAGUAGAAUGA